GACGGACGUGCGGCGGGAUGUGGCCCAGAAUAUUGGUGGGGGGGGCCCGGGUGGCGGCAGGCAGGUGCCCCGCGCUGGGGCCUUGCCUCGCCGCACGUUACCUCCCGCAGCGGCCGCCGCAGCAGACCCCCGAAGCGGGCUUUGCCCCGCAGCGGAGCCUCCACGCGACAGCGGCCCGGCCUCUCCCCCUCAUUCCCAUCGUGGUGGAGCAGACGGGUCGCGGCGAGCGCGCCUAUGACAUCUAUUCGCGUCUGCUGCGGGAACGCAUCGUGUGCGUCAUGGGGCCGAUCGAUGACAGCCUGGCCAGCCUGGUGAUCGCACAGCUGCUGUUCCUGCAGUCAGAGAGCAACAAGAAGCCCAUCCACAUGUACAUCAACAGCCCCGGCGGCGUGGUGACCUCAGGCCUGGCCAUCUAUGACACAAUGCAGUACAUCCUGAACCCCAUCUGCACGUGGUGCGUGGGCCAGGCCGCCAGCAUGGGCUCCCUGCUUCUGGCCGCUGGCUCCCCCGGCAUGCGCCACUCGCUCCCCAACUCCCGCAUCAUGAUCCACCAGCCUUCCGGGGGUGCCCGGGGCCAAGCCACAGACAUCGCCAUCCAGGCAGAAGAGAUCAUGAAACUGAAGAAGCAGCUGUACAGCAUCUAUGCCAAACACACCAAGCAGAGCCUGCAGGUGAUAGAGUCGGCCAUGGAGCGGGACCGCUACAUGAGCCCCAUGGAGGCCCAGGAGUUCGGCAUUCUGGACAAGGUACUGGUCCACCCACCCCAGGACGGGGAGGAUGAGCCCGAGCUGGUGCAGAAGGAGCCCGCCGCAGCCACAGCCGCAGCAGAGCCUACCCCAGCCAGCUCCUGA